CAGUCAAACACUGUCAGUGAAGAAACACAGUCCAGAUCGUGUGAAAGACAACUGGAACAGGCAGCUCCUGAUGAAGAUGAAUUGAUCUAUGCUACAGUUUCAUUUAUACAGCAUUAAAAUGGUAAACAGGUUAACUUCUGAAUCAAAUGAAACAACACAAACAUUGACAUAUCAUUAUCACUUACUGCAAUAGAUGCUGGAUUACAAAAUGAUGCAUUAAAGCAGUGUUUCUCAAACUUUUUCAGCCCAAGGACCACUUUAUCUUCCAAUUUUUUUCUGAGGACCACCUAACUGAAUCCCACUCUAACACGCCCCUAAAAACAACAAAAUAGGAAGGAUAAGCUAAAUUUAAGUUUAAUAUGCACUAAUAACAAAUUUUUUAAACACAAAUGCAAUGCUAUGUUCAGAAAUAUAUUAAUUUUAUUUCAUUUGAAAAAGUAAAUGUGAAAUGAGUUUCAGCUUAAUAUGAAAAAUCUACUUAAAUAAGUGACGAUUGUAUAAACACCUAGUUUAGGUCAUCUUUUGGCGGACCACUGGGGGGGUUUGGCAGACCACUAGUUGUCCGCGGACCACACUUUAAGAAUUACUGCAUUAAAGGGAUGAUUCACACAAAAAUGAAAAGUCUGUCAUCACUUACUCCCCCUAAUGUUGUUUUAAACCUGUAUGAGUUUCUUUAUUCUGUUGAACACAAAUAAAGAUAUUGUGAUAAACAGGGCCACUUUUCAUCCCGGGAGUUUCAGGCCCAAGACCGGCCCACUUUUUCCAUGGUGGAAUUCCACUCACAUGGUACAACCCAUGCAGAGGCUGUGCGCUGCGGUGUCAGAAUGCAGAACGUGUGUACUGUUAUUUAAGAGAAGAUAGACUCACUAAUGUGACAAAUGUAAAAAAACAAAAACCUCGACCGGCCCAAAAGUGAAGCGGCCCACCGGGAAUUCUCUCGGUUCUCCCGAUUACCCACCCUGGGCCUGGUGAUAAAUGAUGGGAAGCAUACCCAUUGACUGUACACUGUACGCCCACAGUGGCAACCUGGCACACCUAAAAAUGGAUGCAAAAUAAUUUUUUAUAGUCUCAAUAAAAAUGUUUGACAAACUUGUGCUAUUGUUGUUUCCUUAGAAUGUAUAUAUUUUUAAAAUCAACCCUUUCAUGCGUAAGUUAAAAAUAUUUUAACUGACCUCGUGUCCAUGCCGACACGUCUUGAUUGUCACGUAACACACCGCAGCCACUAUAACUAACAGAUUUUUGCUAUUCAUUUUAUUUAGUUUUUCCUUUUAUUAUUAAAAAUAUUCACUAACUUGCUUACCAUGUCAACUAUCUGAUAUUCUGAUUCUUCAUUUAAAAACUUUUAUAAAUUAUCUUGAUUUAUAACAAGAUGAGCGCUGCAGUUCAGAGAGUUCUGUCAACCGGAUUUACAGCACCUGAAUUCCCCAGUUUCUCCCGAAAUACAUAAAAGUAGUGGCUGUUGAACUGGGAAAAGAAUAGAGUAUCGUUAGACUUUAUAGUUCUGCGACGUGUGUCUGAUUUAUGAAUAAAACAUAUCGGCAAAUUACAUUUAAAUAGAUUGUUUUUCUGCUUCCCUUUCAUAGACAUCAGUGUGUAUUUUACAAACUACAAAUGUAUUGUUUUACUUGUACUUAUGUGUAUUUAAAUGUCGGAAACAUAAAAUAAACAUUAUGUGGUUGGUUGAAAACACUACAUAUUAGUUGUGAUAUAAGACAAGCGCUGAUCGCGUCCGUCUCUGGCUCAGCACCAACCAACGCGCAAAAGCAGUUUGUUAUAGCAUUGUUAACUUAUAUGCUUAUAGUUAAUAAUUUUGCACAGUAGGCAAUAUGACAAUAAAUGUGGCACACACAGAUUUUCAGAUGCACACCCAGAGUCUCUUUUUUGGCUACUGUAAUGGGGAAACAGUAAUUUAUUUGAUUACUCGUUAUUAAAAAAUAACCCCGUUUAUUUAUAAUGCCGUUAUUACCAUCGCUGCUUCUAACUGAGUGGUUAUCAUCAUUAAUCAAAAUAUAAUUUUUAUAACAGAAACUCAUACAGGCUUAGAUCAACAUGAGGGUGAGUAAAUUAUGACAGCCUUUUCAUUUUUUAGGGAAACUAUCCCUUUAAGAAUAAACUAUACUGUAUUUCAUUGAGACUGGCCUUCAUAUCUCUCUAGAUCAAAAGAACAUGAGAACACAGAUUAGGCAUUAUCAAGACAGGAACUGAACAUGGGAGGUGUUACCGUCUGCUGUCAUCAUCGAGAAGAUAAAACAGAAGAUAUAAAUAGACACAUGUGAACUGACAUCAGCACUAAUGUGGCAUUCACCACAUUUGAGUGACUUAUUGUUGAUCUUUGUUGUUGAUUUCACUAACAAUUCAUUGUACCUGCUGAUUUAAUGCCUCUGAGAAAGUGUCCAAAACCUGGGGCAGUACCGUUUUAAAAAGUACACAUUUUUACUUAAAGGUACAAAUUGUAAGAUAUUUGCAGUAAAAUAUCCAAAACCACUAGUCCAGUGUUAUAUAUUUUAUCCAGCUGAUUACUAACAAUAUCUAUAAUGUUUUCAACUACUUGUAAAUUAUGAGAAAAUUGCUAUUCUAAACAGUGACACGGGGCAGUGCAGUCACCUGUCAAUGACGUUAAUAUCCACGUUACACCUUAACGUAAUUAACACUUAAUUCUGUGCUGUGUUAACACACCAUGUUGGACUAAUACUGUAACAUCUAUGACUAACAUUUGCUUUUAAACAUUACAUGAAACCUUACAUAAUGAAAUAAAACAAUGUCAUCAAACGCAACAUUUAUAAAACCUGAUUACCUCAUCUGUCAACAUGAUUUCUCAACAUGAAAUCCCAUCAUUCCACGCUGCUGCAGAGCAUCAUUAAUCUACAUCAGUGUUAUUGUUUUAAUUGUGCGCCCUCUAGUGGUGCGGAUUUUACAAAUUGCAUCUUUAAAGGAUGCAUAUUAGUACAUCAAAGGUACAUAUUGCUACCAAAUACACUCACCUAAAGGAUUAUUAGUAACACCACACUAAUACUGUGUUUGACCCCCUUUCGCCUUAAUUCUAUGUGGCAUUGAUUCAACAAGGUGCUGAAAGCAUUCUUUAGAAAUGUUGGCCCAUAUUGAUAUUAUAGCAUUUUGCAGUUGAUGGAGAUUUGUGGUAUGCACAUCCAGGGUACGAAGCUCCCGUUCCACCACAUCCCAAAGAUGCUCUAUUGGGUUGAGAUCUGGUGACUGUGGGGACCAUUUUAGUACAGUGAACUCAUUGUCAUGUUCAAGAAACCAAUUUGAAAUGAUUUGGUCAUAAAGGGAUGGACAUGGUCAGAAACAAUGCUCAGGUAGGCCGUGGCAUUUAAAUGAUGCCCAAUUGGCACUAAGGGGCCUAAAGUGUGCCAAGAAACAUCCCCCACAAGUUGGUCAUAAAGUGAGUCUGUGGGUAGCAAAGGAAAUGGCACAUUUGCAGGGCCAGUGCAAGCUCAGCUGAUGCAGUAAGCAAAACAAAUUAGGCAAAUAAUAAACACAAGAACUGCAAAAGUUACAUUAGCUAAAGAGUUGUCAUAUGAAAAUGCAAAAGUGAUAUGAGAAGAGUGAAAAUGCAAUGUUUGCAAAUCCUUUUAAGCCUUUAGAUAAUUUGUUUAACUAAGAGUAUUAAACUUGUGAUCAGACUCAUUAAUAUGAUCUAAUAUAUUAUAAUACAACGCAAUACUAUAUAAUAUUAAUAUAAUCCUGGCCGCAGUAUAAUGCAAGGAAUUUUUCACAAAAUAUGUCAACAUCACCAAAGUAGACAUUAAAUUAUGAUGAGUUUUAGCGACCAUAUAAUAUGGAUGCUGUUUAUAAUCGUGUCCAAAACUUGUAGUUUUUGUUCAUAUCUUAAUUCUGUUAAGAGGUUAUUUAAGUAGUCGUGGCUUGAAAUAGAUGGAAAAUUGAGGAGCUUGUGCUGCCUCUAUAUGCAGAGCUCAAUGUAAACUGCAGCUUUCUUGCCCACCUAAUAAACCCCCUGGUACUGUAAGUCACAUGACUGAUAACUAUCAAACGCUUAGAAAUGCUGUGACCACGACCCUUAUCAAGCAUUCUCACACAGACAUGAUGAUAACUAGUCUACUGCUUGUGUUUCUCCUAACAGACUUCUCAGGAUCUGAAGAAGUCCACAUAAUCAGUAAAAUUUCUGUUCAAAAAGAACAAACUAUUAUAAUCCCUUGUUUAUAUGAAGCUAAUUAUGCUAGUUCCCCAAAAUACUUGAGUUCUGGUUAUUAUUUCAUUUUCAGUCAUUAUGUACAUGAGAGAAUAUCGAUUUUGGAUUACAAAACAAAAAACAUUUUCACAGCGAUACUAACGGAUGUUAAAGUGAGUGACAGUGGUUAUUACUGGUGUGGUGUGCAACAACCUGGAAGUGAUCAUGCCACAAGCCUUUACUUAGAGGUCACAGAAGGCAACACAAAGCUCUCCGUCUUCAGUCAAAAUGUAACAGGCUAUGAAGGCGAAAGUUUAACCAUUCAGUGUCAUGGAGCAUCAAAACUGUGUAAGAUCGGAAGAGCGUGUGUUAAAGAAAAUAGAGGAACCUUAAAUAAACCUAUAGUGGGUAUAAGCGGUGAUGACAAAGUCCUGAAUGUGACUUUUAGAGGACUGCAGAUGGAGGAUGCUGGUUGGUACUUCUGUUCUGAUGGGGAAUCACAAAUGCCUCUUUAUAUUCAUGUGAAAAAGCCCCAAUAUUCAAAUGACUCCUCUGAUAUGCCACUCUAUCAAACAACGUCUAGUGUUUCUAUACACUUUCUAUGGUUUCUCAUUUUGCUGCCAAUAAUAAUCUGUGGAGUUGUGAAAUUGCUAGACUUCAUAAAAAGAAAACCGAAAGCAGCUGAUUCAGAUCUCUAUGUAUCCAUGAAGAGGAAACAAUUACCUAAAGAAAAUAGUCGUGGGGUUCAAUGUGAAAACCCCUAUGAAGUUAUGACUGGGUCUGGGAUCAAAAACAACCCUGAGGAUACAAAAACAUAUAUGCUUCUAUGGUAAAAAAUAAAAAACAGAGAGAUGAUUUACGUUUUAUUUGUACUAUUUGUAAUUUGUUAAUGCUGUGUGUUCAUCAAAAUCCAUAAAAAAUAAUAAAAACAUUGUUUUGUUAAUUAUUAUUAUUAUUUUCAACCCCGUGUUGUGUCAAAAAGGGACAAAUCCAGCUGUUGGGUUAAAUUAAACCAAACAAAAGUUUAUAUGUGACCCAACAAUGGGUUAAAACAACCCAGCAUAGGCUAAAUUACAACGCAGUGUAGGUUGGGUUCGUCCCUUUUUGAGCAUUUUUUAGAGUUGGAGA